UCAAAAACUGCUCGCCGGCUUGCAGUGUGACGGCGCCGUCGAAUCGCCCCAAGACCAAAUAACAAUAAACAAAACGCGCCGGUCGCUCGUACCGCCCCGUAUAUCCCACCACUUGUUGAAAUAUUCACCUGGCCUGGAAAGUCACCGCAAUGUCGUCCGAACCACAGUGCAAGAGACCCAAGAUGACCGGCAGCAGCACGUUGGACCAGCUUAAAUCAUGGACGGUGGUCGUCGCCGACACCGGUGACUUUGAAGCCAUGAAGGCUUACAAGCCCACCGAUGCGACCACCAAUCCCUCACUUAUCCUGCAAGCAGCCAACCUGCCCCAGUAUCAACCCUUGGUGCAGAAGGCUGUUAACUAUGGCAACAAAGUCGGUAGCAAUCUUGAGGAGAAACUGGAGGCAGCCAUGGAGGUGCUAUGCGUUCUAUUCGGUUGUGAGAUUCUGAAGAUCGUCCCGGGUCGUGUUUCUACUGAAAUCGAUGCUAGGCUGUCCUUUGACAAAGAGGGUAGUAUCGCUAAGGCGAUAAAACUGGUCCAGCUCUAUGCCGGGGAAGGUAUCUCCAAGGACCGCAUCCUUAUCAAGUUGGCUUCUACCUGGGAGGGUAUUCAGGCUGCUAAGGUUUUAGAGCAGGAACAUGGAAUUCAUUGCAAUCUGACCCUGCUGUUCAACUUCGCACAGGCUGUAGCUUGCGCUGAAGCCGGUGUUACUCUUAUUUCACCGUUUGUCGGUCGUAUCCUUGACUGGUACGUUGCCAACACAGAAAAGAAGCAGUAUUCUGGCCCCGAAGAUCCCGGCGUUGUAUCUGUGUCCAAGAUUUACAACUACUACAAAAAACACGGUUACAAAACAGUUGUGAUGGGCGCUUCUUUCCGUAACGUGGAAGAAAUCAAAGCUCUCGCAGGAUGUGACCUACUUACAAUCAGCCCGAAGCUCCUUGGUGAAUUGGAAAAAUCAACAGAUAAACUACAACUGCGAUUGUGUAAGGACGCCGCACAGAAACAAAAAAUGGAGAAAAUCACGUUGACCGAGUGCAAGUUCAGGUGGAUGCUGAACGAGGACAAAAUGGCGACCGAGAAACUUACGGACGGCAUCCGUAACUUCGCUGCUGACACAGUCAAGUUGGAGAAGAUUAUCAUUCCAUUGUUGAAGUAAAUUUCGAAAAUGUAAGUACGUACAUUCAUUUCUUAGGAGUGUUGUGGAGUUGCCAAAAUAUUGGGGAAUAAAUAUUUGUAGAAAAUAACCACAUAGUUUCAUGUUUCAUUGCAAGUGUUGUUACAGACUUAUUUUUAUAUAUUUUUCUAAUCUUAGCGAUGUCUAGAACUAGUUGUUAUUUCAGUAUGCAUGUAUGUACAAAUUAUAAAGUUGAUUGCGGGUGAAAUGUAAAAAACAAAAUUGAUUGCAAAAUAAAUUAAAUUUAGCAUCACA